AUGGGUCCUGUCAACCACGAAGAAGUGCAAAUGGCAGUCGUUUUCCUUGAUAUCGCCCGGUUUCUCGCCGGUCUCUAUUCAUUCAUACUCAUUAUCGUUGGCACGCCAUUAAAUCUCCUUUGUUUCUAUAUCUUUACUCGACUCGUGCCAAAUCGCUCAAAUGCAACCAUUAUCGUCUUCGCACAUUUAGCGCUCAUAGAACUUCUUAUCCCAUUCACCUGGAACAUGAACUAUGUCGUACGCGAAUUACUCUGGAAAUAUCAGAAAAAUAUCUCAAUGAAGAAUCUUGAGCAGCAUUCGUUGUUCGUAUGUAAAUUGAUCGCCUUCGGCGCCUAUUUUUCUCUUCAAUGUGCAGCGUGGUUAAAAACACUAGCAACAUUCGCUCGAUGCGUUUCACUACACAACAGCUGGUCACUAAAAAAUUGGUUAGCAAAGCCGAUUAAUAUCCGUCGAGUUAUCUUCUUUGUGAUCUUUAUCAUCGCACUUUUGAAUUUUCCGAUUUGGAUCGUCAAUGGCGAAUACGGUUAUGCCAUUAACGAACUCAAUCAGACGCAAGCGAAAGUGCGAUGUUAUCAAUCGAGCUUUUUCCAAUUUUGGGAAGUUGCACAUCUGCUCAUAUAUAAUUUUAUUCCAUUUACUUUAAUGAUUAUUUCGAAUAUUCUGAUCAUUCAACAAGUUAGAGAAUCAAGGAAUCGCACGCAACGGUCGCGACUUUCGUCAGCAGCUUCGAAUAACCGCCGUGUGAAAACGAGUGACGGUGGUCGAUUGACAAAGACCUUGAUUUUAAUCACCAUCUUCUUCAUCGUAUUUACCGCACCUGCCGCGAUAUUUUAUAUCUUCUUCGGUAAAACAGUCAAACGCCAUCGAGAUUUGAUUACAAUGAGUUUGAGCAACUUAGCAACAACGAGUCAUGUGACAUCGUUCAUCAUCUAUUGGUUAACGUCGAGUGAUUUUCGAACGGCAGCGAUCAGUGUUCUUCUUUGUAAACCAGUCGGACAAUCUCGACAAUCAACAGAAGACAAACAACGUGAUAAACCCGUUUCCGAUCAACAAACACUGACGCGACCGUCAAUAGUUCCAACUGACGAGGACGGUCAACGGAAAUUGCAUUUGCUUCACACAUCCACUACCAGUCAAUAA